CUCCUUAGAACCAGGUGAACUACCUCUGACUAUUUCCCUAGGAUUAUGUCUCCCACCAAGGUAACUUUCUGUUUCAGUAGGUGAUGUUAAGCAACAGAACAACACCCUUUAAGUUAAUCAGUUUUGGAAAAUAGAGACUGGCUUUAUAUUCCACGGCUUUGAUGUGUUGAGUAGUUCCUGUAAGGAUUUGCCUCUCUUUUGUUUUGAUUGACAAGACCUUUCCUAUAUAUUUGAGCAGUCAAGCAGCCCAGUAACAGAGGGUAGAGACAUUUACUCAGAGCAAACUUCUACCACUCCUUGUGAGUUACUGAAAUCGUGGGUGCAAGUUUCAGCUCUAAAAGAAGCUCCAGCAAGAAUAGGUAAGUGCUGCUCCUUAUUCAUAACUUCACUCCAGCCGAGGGAAGCCCGGAGAGCCUCGUGGUGACAGGUCAGAAGUAGGAACUGUGAGAUCAGAUUUGGAAAUAAGUAACUUGGCAGCCCAUCUUAAGCCACAAUGAAUUUGAUGGUGGUGGUGGGGGGGGGGGGCAUAGGGCAAUGUCCUCCUUCCUUCAUCAUCCAGUGCAUCUUUCCAGUGGGCCAAGCACGAAGGAGGGAUUCUGGCUCCUGAAAGAGCACAAGGAAUGACCAAGACCAAGAGAGAAUGGACUUGACAGUAGAUUGGGAUUAUGUUUUAAAUACUCCCUAUGCUUCCCAUCAUUUGGAUUUAAACUGAGUCACAACUAGGUGCUUAUUCCAGCAGAAGCAUAGAGCAGAGGCAGUCUGUAGUGAGUAGGACACGUUUUUAUAAAUGGCCACCAAGUCAGGUGCCAGGUUCCAUAAUAUCUUCUGCUUAUCUGUUUUGUGGCAGGUCAGGUUAGUAACAAUACAUAUGGGGAAUACUAUUAUUAAUAUUUAUUUGCCUGCCCAUUCAUUUCCCAUCCAUCACACUGAAAAUACAAUUUUGAGCAAAAUAUAUAACAUGGUACCCAAAUACCCUAGACUCGAACAAAAAUAAUUUAUGUAUUAUGUCAGGACAUAUAUUAUGUAUUAUGAAUAUGUAUUAGGGUAUGUAUUUCUUUUGGCGUUGCUCAUAGUUUAUGUUCAUAUUGAAGCGACCACAGGGACAAACUUCUUUGACACACGAGUCACCUGCAGCAGUUGGGCACCCCACGGAAAAGCCUGAGAAAGCAGUUGGAGGGGUGGGUGUCUAGAGAGGUCUGUGGAAUCCACACUGGCUUGAGUUACAGGAGACUUUGGGCACCUGAUGGCGUUUGUGGGCAUUUACAAUCUCUUGGCUCAUUUUCCCUGGGACGCUAAGGGCGACGUCCCUUUGAUAGCGGCCACUGAGGGCCACUGGGCCCGUUAAACUCUCUUUCCUUCCCCUCCGUGGAGGAGCGGCAUGAAGCUGGCGCACCUCUUCCUCGGCCCCGUGGCCCUCCUCCUCCUCCUGGCCGGCGGCGCCCGCGUCCUCGGCACCUCCGGCGGGGACCUGCGCACCUUCGUGGGCUGUGCCGUGAGGGAGUUUACUUUCCUGGCCAAGAAGCCAGGCUGCAGGGGCCUUCGGAUCACCACGGAUGCCUGCUGGGGGCGCUGCGAGACCUGGGAGAAGCCCAUUUUGGAACCCCCCUACAUUGAAGCCCAUCAUCGAGUCUGUACCUACAACGAGACCAAACAGGUGACCGUCAAGCUGCCCAACUGUGCCCCGGGAGUCGACCCCUUCUACACCUAUCCCGUGGCUGUCCGCUGUGACUGCGGGGCCUGCUCCACUGCCACCACGGAGUGUGAGACCAUCUGAGGCUGGCGUGGUCUGCAGAACGCAGCUGGCUGCCUUGAGCCUCACAGACCCACCUGCGCAGGCAGCACAAGCAGCUCUACCCCCUGGAUGCAAGACUGUGUGAUUUUGACCAUAACUGUGGAGGAGGUUACCUGUCUCCCCUUAGGUCCAGCUCAGGCACAAGGCCCAGAGGCAGCAUACUUAUGUUAAAAGUGCAAAACAACAUUUGUGCCUUCUCCAAAAUAAUUUAUCUGGUUCAUACAUGUGAAAUUAAUUUUUCUUUGCCUUGGGCCUUGGAACAUAAUUUAUGUAUCACAAUCUUCCACUAAUUUGGACUUAUAAUAUGCCAAUGAUGUAAAUGCAUUGGAUGUAAUUAGGAAAAAGGGCUGGGAAGUCUUCAAAUUCUCACAUUCUGGUUAACCAUGGAUCUCCAACUGGGCUUAUGAUUAAAGGACUGGAAAUUAACAAAACCAAUGUACUAGUUUUCCUUACCCCAAAGGAAAUCCAACUGCUAGCUUCCUUAGAGAAAACGUUCCCUUCCCUGUUUAACUGAGCAAUUAUCUGCACAAGAAAUAGACACUGCUCAGAUUUGUAAAGAGAGUAGCUCAAAUUAAAAGAUGUUUGGAUUUGGGUAAUUCUUUUUCCAAGCAAAAUUCCCUAAACUCCCUUAAGAUCCUUAAUAAAAAGGCUACAUGGUGAUUAAGAAACCUCAGAAAUAAAAUAUGUAACUAGAAGCUAUCAUUUAGCCUUAAAAGCUGAUGAAAUUAAACUCAUGUUUUUAGAGCCCUCCCAAUGUUAUGGCAAAAUGGCCGCUCAGAAGUAUUCUUCCUCAUUUAGCAUAUUUUAAAUUUAUAUUAUAAUCUAUUAAACUCAGAAAUUGUACAAGUUUUUAGGGGUAAAACUGCACUGCUGGCUCAGAGAAAAAAAGUCUGUGAUUAUGUAGCUCUUGCCCUAAGAUCUUACAGCAGCUCAUUCUGUGACUUUUAAAAAAACUCUAAUGUUAUGCAAAUGUCUUUAAUUCUGGCAUUUUUGGGGUUGAAUUUAACCUUGUUCCUUUUUCAUAACAUGCCAGGAACAUCUAUAUUAAUGCCAAUAAAGCAUGUCCUCUGUCUUUUGAACUCAUGAAAACUUUUAAAAAAGUCUUUUUCAUCUUUAAUGCACUUGGAACAACAGUAAGAAGCACACACAAAAUAAACUACAAGGUUAUUUUCACUUAAGCAUUAGUUUGGGAUGCCAUGUUUAGUAAGGGACACAGACAGAUGACUCUGGGGAGCCUGUGUCCCGAAGGUGGCACAAUCUGCACAUACAGACCCCUGGCAUAUCACAGCUGGGAGGAAUGAGGAGUCAAUGAGUCCUCAUAAAAACAGCAAAGCAAAUGCUGGGCUUGAUGGUCACGUACUGGCAUGCUGGGUGACUAUCUCAGGGCAAGGGGCCUGGGCAAAAUGUACCUUGACCCUGAGCAGA